GUAUUUCCACGAAAUUAACCUAAUGGUUUUAAAAAAUACAACUUUCCUCAGCCCAUCAUCGACGAAACACAUCAAAAUGGUUUCUGUUAGUUUAAAGUGAAAAAGUCAUUCGUUUUAUUUUUAAAUCUCAAGUUCAAAUUGAUCAGUGAAGAUCUUUAAUUAUCCAAAUAAACAUUUUACAAAUCAAUGAUGUUGCACAGAUCUUACACUCUCCUUAAAUUCAUUAGAAAUGUUAGCUGUCAUUGUGCUGAUGAACAAUGUAUCUUUCAAAUAGGCUUGUCAAGGAGAUACUCUAGCAUAUUGAUAACACCUAGUCCUGGUGUACGUAAUUUUAGUUUUAAAAAAGCAGACAAAUUAACAGAUUUCAAAUGGACAUACAUUGUAUCCUUGCGAGAAGUAUCUGACAAUGCAAAGGGAACAGGAAAUGGAGAUUUGCUUCAACAAAAGAAGAUAUCGGUCGAAGAUGGUCAAGAGAAGUGUAUUGAGUUGACCGAAGAGAAAUUAGGAAAAUUGAAAGAACGACCUUUGACUGUGGAGCCAAUGGUUAAGACCGAUGAUAAGAAAAAGAAAGACUUAAGAAAGGUAGCAGAUAUCGUGGAUAAAAUUUUAGCGGAUAGUAAAGAAACUGCUACAGAAGAAUCUAAGAAGGCCAAGAAAAGAUUGAGAGUUGAUAGAUCUACGUCGUCAUUGGAGCGCAACUUCAUAACACCGGUAAAAGCUAUGACCGACUUUCUGUUGAAACCGACUGAUCUUGAAUCAUUGCCUAAAACAAAGCGAAGAUCUCCAUACGAAUUUGAACCACCGAUUACUGUUUAUUGGAGAAAAGAUGUUGAAGCUAAAGCACUGGAAGUCUGGGGGUCUCGCGAAACUUUGUUAAAAGAGCUUUUGAAGAAAGAACUAGAACGGAAAACUUAUCAACAAAAUAUAUUUACUGUCAAACGAAGACUGAGAGAUUAUAGACGUGAAAUGGGCAGUAAAACAGAGACGAUUCAAAUGGAAGGCUUGUUUGGUAGAUCCGGUCGAGUAGUAUUAACGGCAGUAAUAAUAAAUGCAAGUAACUUUCUUUUUAAGUUGUUCGCUUGGAUAUAUACGGGUUCGCAUAGCAUGUUCUCAGAGUGUAUACAUUCGGCAGCUGACACAUUUAAUCAAUUGAUUUUAGCUUAUGGCAUUCACAAGUCUGUUCAGAAUCCUAAUGCCGAUCAUCCAUAUGGUUAUAGCAACAUGAAAUACGUAUCCUCUUUAAUUUCGGGCGUAGGAAUUUUCUGCGUUGGUACAGGUUUAUCGGUCUAUCAUGGAAUUAACGGACUUAUGUCCCCUGCCCCCGUUGAAUCUUUUUAUUGGGCAUAUUAUAUUUUAGGUGGUUCCUUAGUUUCCGAAGGAGCCACUUUGUUGGUAGCUAUGAAUUCAAUUAAAAAAGGAGCCGAAGAGAAAAAAGAAUCUUUUUGGGAAUACGUGUUGUCUGGUCAAGAUCCAUCUGUCAAUGUUGUUUUAAUGGAAGAUUUGGCAGCAGUAUUAGGGAUUGUUUGUGCUGCUUCUUGCAUGGGCUUAACUUCUUUACUAGGAAAUUCAACUUUUGAUGCUCUCGGUUCCUUGUUAGUCGGUGGUCUUCUUGGUGGAGUAGCAUCAUUUAUAAUUUAUACCAAUGUCGCAGCUUUGGUUGGCAGAAGUAUAUCGCAAGAAAAUCUUGACAAAAUCAAUGCUGUCAUAGAGUCUGAUAUAAUGGUUCGAGCUAUCCAUGAUGUCAAAGGCAUUGAUAUGGGUAACAAUUUGGUCAGAUAUAAAGCAGAAUUAGAUUUUGAUGGACGAGAAUUAACCAGAUCUUAUCUCGAUAAACACGACCUGCUUACUAUGUUAGAGGAAGUCAAAGGUAUGCAAAAUAUUGAUGAACUGGAAGCAUUUCUGUUAAAACACGGUGAGAGUAUCGUCGACAUGCUUGGCGGUGAAAUUGAUAGAAUAGAAUUAAAAUUAAAGAAAAUUCAUCCAGAAAUUAGACAUUGCGACUUAGAAGUUUUAUAAAAAAAAUCAUUUUUCAGUAUCGUG